GUUUUGCCUUAAAGCUCUUGAGUUUGCCCUUUGUUACGCUUAUUCCUUCUUGCAGUUACUAGGAUUACGAACGGCACUUCUGUUCACCUCUUCACUUGAUUGGCUCAUGGCAUCAUUUAUCCGCCAAUUCGCAUCCUCCGUGGUUCCGCCUAUAGCAUCUGCCACUUCCAACCCAUUCAUUGAUAUUCCCAUCCCAACCUUCAUUAUCCCUCAAUCAAAGUCUGCAACCUGGUUCUAUACAACCGCUGCCAUAGUCGGUGCUCUCCUCGUGCUCGAACAGUCUGUUUACAGAUUCAAGAAAAAGCACUUGCCUGGCGACCCAUGGACAAUUCCAAUUAUCGGAAAGUUUGCAGACUCCAUGAAACCAACCAUGGAGGGCUACAUGAAACAGUGGAACUCUGGCGCGUUAAGUGCUAUAAGUGUGUUUAAUAUUUUCAUUGUCAUGGCUUCAUCUAAUGAGUAUUCGCGGAAAAUCCUGAAUUCUCCUACCCAUGCUGAGCCUUGCCUGGUGCACUCAGCAAAGCAAAUUCUCAUGCCUGACAAUUGGGUAUUUCUCACUGGGAAAUCUCACGUCGAGUAUCGCAAAGUCCUGAACACUUUAUUUACGCGCAAAGCUCUCAGUAUCUACAUUGGUAUUCAGGAUGCGAUUGCUCGCCAACACUUCAGGCAAUGGCUUGCAGAUGCGCAGAAAGAUCCUUCACCACAGUCUAUUAUGAUGACCGCGCGCAACCUCAACAUGAUCACUUCCCUUCGUGUUUUCUGCGGCAAUCACAUCCCCGAGCAUGGCGCUAUUGAGAUCAGCGAGAAAUACUGGGACAUCACACAAGCCCUUGAACUCGUCAACUUCCCUUUGGCCAUCCCUGGUACAAAAGUAUAUAGAGCCAUACAAGCCCGCAAGGUCGCCAGCAAGUGGCUGGAGCUUGCCGCAUCCAAGGCCAAAACUGCUAUCGCCAAUGGCUGCGAGCCUGAAUGUAUGCUUGACGAAUGGGUCAAGGAGUUGGAGGCCCCGGGGUAUAAGGGCCGUAAGGAUUUCAGCGACCGUGAGAUGGCUAUGGUUGUGUUCUCGUUCUUGUUUGCGUCGCAGGAUGCCAUGAGCAGUGGCUUGAUUUACGGGUUCCAGCAUUUGGCAGACAACCCCGACAUCUUGGCCAAAAUCAGGGAGGAACAGUACCACGUUCGCGCUGGAGACGUCGACAAACCAAUCACCCUUGAAAUGCUCCAGCAAAUGCCAUAUUUGAAGGCGUUUGUCAAGGAGAGCAUGCGUGUCAAGCCACCUGUAACCAUGGUUCCUUACAGGACGACAAAGGCUUUCCCUAUCUCUAAUGAUUAUAUUGUUCCUGUAAAUAGCAUGGUAAUACCCUCAUUCUACAACUCCCUGCACGAUCCCUCCGUUUUCCCCGAGCACGACAAGCUCAUCCCUGAGCGUUGGCUCGAUCCCGACAGCUCCGCUAACAUGAACCCGAAGAACUACUUGGUAUUUGGUAGCGGACCCCACAAAUGUAUUGGUAUAGAGUACGCGACGAUGAACAUCGGACUGGUUCUUGCCAUUGCAAGCGUGUUGAUGGACUGGGAGCACUACACGACACCCGAAAGCGAUCAAGUCCAGAUAAUUGCGACUUUAUUCCCUAAAGACGGAUGUCUUAUGAAGUUUGCCCCUCGUCCGCGACCCUGAUCGUGGUGAUUUGUUUUAGCAUAUGACUUUGGUUUAUACCCCCCAUUAGGAUUUUCAUUUAAUUUUUUUAGACACAUACAUCAUUCUUGGACCGCAAUAAUGGGUUUUGCAUUUUUGGUCAGAUGCCAGUCAGGUUAGAUAUCGGUAGCUAUUGUGGACGUAGCUUUAAUGCGCGUUUGGGCGGAGUACACUCCCUCGGAUUGAACAAGAGGUUCGUGCUCACUUUACAGAGUUAUGGCGCAGAAAAGCCGCCGACAUAUGUGCACUGUCUACCCAUUACAGCACACACAAAUGCACAAUUAAAACAGCUAUUGGCACGAAUUAUUCCCGCU